CGCACCGGCCCGAGCCGCCCGAGCCGUACAUCAGCUGCAUCAGCUGGUUGCCGAUCCGAAAUCCAAAGUUCGCGCGUAGUGUGAUGGUGUGAUCUCGACGGUUCCUACUCAUUUAAUCGUAUCCCAUAUGUACUUUUCUUGAGAUAUGUUAUCCUCAGUGACAUUUUGGUUUUAGAGUAGAAAAUAAAAUGAGCCGUAGCGUUUGCGAACCACAGUAAACUCGCGUGAUCGAGAGCUGCAACCAGAAAGUUCUUUACCGCGUGUUCUCAAGCAUAAUUAGGAAAGUAAUGCUGAAACAUGGGAUUGUUCGUAAGACUACAGAAGUUACAAUUUGUGCAGCACCGUGUCAGUUUUAUUUCAAGCUGGGGGAACAAAACUACUCUUCGAUGUUGCCACGAUGCUAAAAUUAGGUUGGGAGACGUAUCCAUCAACACCAAGAAAGCGAAACACGAAGAACUUGUACCUGUCAAGUUCUUGGAUAGCACCCAGAAGCAAUCUGUUCUUCAGCACCUGAGAUGGAUGAUGCAGAAAGAUGCCCUGGGCCAAGACAUUUUUCUCAUAGGACCUCCGGGCGCGUAUCGACGUCGUGUCGCAUUCCAAUACCUGGAGCUUACUCGACGCGAAGUUGAAUAUGUUGCCCUCACUCGAGACACCACUGAAACCGACCUGAAACAGAGACGAGAAAUCCAGCAGGGAGCCUCUCUCUGUAUAGAUCAGGCAGCAGUCAAGGCGGCCACAGAGGGGCGCAUCUUAGUCCUCGAGGGUGUAGAGAAAGCUGAGCGCAACGUUCUGCCCGUUCUCAACAACCUGCUCGAAAACCGGGAGAUGCAGCUGGACGACGGCCGGUUCCUUGUGAGCCCUGCCAGAUACGACAAGCUGCUUGCGAGCUACUCAAAGGAGACUCUCGACAGCUGGAAGCUAGUCCGAGUCUCUGAAGAUUUCCGUGUUUUUGCCCUCGGUGUUCCCGUUCCGCCGUUCCGAGGCAACCCGCUUGACCCACCUUUUCGGUCUCGCUUUCAAGUGCGCAAGCUCGAGAACUCUGCUUACAAGGAGCAACUGGAAAGUUUAAUUGCUCGAGCAAGGAAUGUUCCAGAGAAAAGGUUGUCGAGCAUCUUGUCAUUUGUUCAUUCAUUGUUGGCAAGCAAGACACCAGCGUUGAUACUCCCCGACUUUCCUGUCGACAGCCUGGAAACGAUAGCAGACAUUAUGCAACGCUUUCCUUCGGUGUCUUUCCAAAGCCUGUUAGCAAGAAUCUAUCCUGAAGAAAUCCUUACGAAAGAGGGUAAAAAGGCAGUUCAGGACGCGCUGGCUAUGUUCAAUCUGGCUGGGGAUGGACAGUCCAAGUCUAAGAUUGAAGAGGCUGCAGUGUCCUCAAGUGACUUGUUUCAAAGGGCAAUUGUCUCCAUUGCUGGCAACAAGCACACUGUGGAGGUUAGCAGGGGCUCACUACCUCCAAAUACAGGAGCUGCUUCAGCAUUCAUCACCACACCUUAUCAUGAAAACUUGCUAGCAGAAAUGCUGAUGUCUCACUCUGCUUAUGAUAUCUGCCUCAUUGGUUCGAAGGGGUGCGGCAAGACUGCUCUCGUGAAGCAGUUUGCGAGCCUGCUGGGCUACGAACAGGAAGUGGUGCUGCUGUACCAGGACAUGGGAAGCCGUGAUUUGGUGCAGCAGCGUACGACACUUGCCGAUGGGAACACCACCUGGAUUGAAGCGCCGCUGGUCACGGCUGCUCUCGAGGGAAAGAUGGCUGUCCUUGAUGGCAUUCACAGGCUGCACCCUAGCACUAUUUCGCAACUGCAGAGGCUAACUCAAGAUCGAGAACUGCAGCUGUUUGACGGCAAGCGCCUAUUACGCCAUGAUCGUUAUGAUGCCAUAAAGUCAUCCUGUGGUUUCUCUGAUGGUGACAUGAAGACAAGGCAGCUGUAUAGGAUUCAUCCAUCGUUUCGCAUUGUUGCCCUUGCUGAGCCACCCUCGAGCAACCAGAAAGUGAAGCAGGAAAAAUGGCUAACUCCUGAGAUCCUGCCCAUGUUCCUGUUUCACUCUGUUAGAAGUCUGUCCCUUGCUGAAGAGAGGACAGUCAUUGAGAGCAUGGUUGGAAAACUUGGAACUAACAUGGAGAUGGUGCUAAAAAUUGCACAUCAACUUCGAGUUUCAGAUGAUGCUACACUGCAGUCCAUCGCAGGCUCCCUUUCUACCCGGCAGCUUCUAAGAAUUGCACAUCGCCUGGCAAAGUACCCUGACCUACCAGUCGUCGAUACUGUUUACAAGGCCUGCUUGGCUCAGUUCCUGCCACCGUUGGCGAAACAGGCCCUCGAACGUGAGCUCCAAAAUGCGGGACUUGACGUCAAGACAAUGCCGGUGCCCAAAGCGUUAGUGAGGUGUGAGGUCAAGGAUGGGAUGGUGGUCAUUGGUGACACCAAGAUGGACGUCUACAAGGCAGGCGACAGCCAAGUGAAAGUUCCCGACACCCUUUUCUACGACAACCAACAGCAUGCUGUAGUCUUGGAGGCCAUGCUGCAAGAUUUUCUGUUGGGGGAACACUUGCUCCUGGUGGGCAAUCAGGGUGUUGGCAAGAACAAGAUAGUCGACCGUUUUCUCUUCCUGCUCAACUGGCCCAGGGAAUAUGUGCAACUCCACAGAGACACAUCAGUGCAGUCACUCACACUACAACCCACUGUGAAAGGUGGUGUGAUUGUGUAUGAAGACUCGCCAUUGGUGAAAGCUGUCCAAAACGGUCACAUUCUGGUAGUAGAUGAAGCUGACAAGGCUCCGACACACGUCACGUGCAUCCUGAAGGCCCUCGUAGAAUCGGGGGAGAUGUUGCUGGCAGAUGGACGCAGGAUCGUCCACUACGCAGAUAGGGCCAAAGCCAAGCCCAAUUCGGUGGUGAUGCAUCCCAACUUCCGGAUGAUUGUGCUUGCCAACCGCCCUGGAUUUCCCUUUUUGGGCAACGACUUCUUUGGGUCGCUCGGUGACAUCUUCAGCUGUCAUGCUGUUGACAACCCAUCUAAGGAGUCGGAGAUGGCUCUCCUGAAGCAGUAUGGCCCCUCUGUGCCAACUGCGAUGCUGGAGAAAUUGGUGGCCGUGUUUGGAGACUUGAGGCAUCUCUCGGACGAGGGCCUCAUUGCGUAUCCCUUCUCGACACGUGAAGUUGUCAACAUUGUGAAGCACCUGGAGUCUUUUCCAGAUGAUGGAAUUGCCUCUGUCUUGAGGAAUGUCUUUGACUUUGACUCUUACAACAAGGAGAUCAGGAAGACUCUACUCUCAGUGCUUCACAAGCACGGAAUUCCUGUGGAUGCUGACCCAGAAGAUGUCCACCUCUCAAAAGUAUUUAAGCUGCCAUCUUCUACAUGGGUUAGCAAAUGGUCAUUUGAUAGAGCAGAUGCUUUGGGGCUGGAAGACUCCUGUUCUGUUGACAUCCAGGACUUGCAUGUAGAGCGACCGACAACUCUUGCAAAACAAUCCGCUGAUUUAGAGAAAACGGAAGCACGGUCCAUGUUCUUUUCUGAGCUUCAGCAUUACUGGUCACUGCCCUAUGGUGCCAGCACUACUACUUUAGACCUGGCUGUCUCUAAGAGUGAAGACGGCAGUGCAAUGAAUGAUACCAUUCACAUUGCUGCCAAAUUCCCCCUCGGACUGUACAGUUUCAGUCCGCGGCACUUGAAGUCGAGUUACCUGCUGUUGCAGCAGAGCUUUCCGUCUGGCUACACGUCGGAGACUUUCAGGCUUGCGGCACUAGGCGGCAGCUUACAAGGCUGUCUCGUUCUUCAUGAAUCUUUGACAAACAUGCUGCUGCUGCUUGAUCCUGAGACGGGGGAUGCCAGUCGCAUCAACCUGGGGUCCCUGACUCGGAACGUAGCGGAGCGGUUUGUUCGCUCUGUCUACAACUCCAACCUGCCCUCGGAGGUCUGCCUUGACUUGGUGCAGCCAAACAACCUGCUGGCAGCUUAUCAGCCUGGGAGGAGUCAUGUGAGCAUUCUUGACUUAGAAAACCGAAGCUGCCUGAAUUGGAAGCUGCCUGUUUCAGUAAACAAUGUACUGAUGCUGGAUCCGUCCAGGUGCAUCAUUACAGCUGGAGACACAAACAGGCGCUACUUGCUCUCGUGGGACCAGGAGAAGCCUCGGGGCAGCCAUGUCUUUUCACAGAUCACCGAAACUUCGCUCGAUGGAGGUUUGCAGGCCUACGAAGUUCGCCAUCCCUACCGGGCAGCCCAGGCAGACCUGCCUUUGGAGACGCUAAGGAGCAUUGUGGGGCCGGAUGGAAAGGCCACAUCAGCAGCAAGGCUGCUGCUGACCCAGCAGGACUUUGCUACAGUGGCACUGAAGAGCCCUGGUUCAGAACACAACUGGGAAGUACAUAGCUACCCACGUUCCAGCCUGCCUUGGGGGGAGCAAACUGUUGGGAGUGCCCACGAAGUGCCCAGGUCUGCACUUCUACAGAACUCAACACUCGUCGUCACUUCCAAGGGCCAGCACCUGGUACCGAAGGAAGCGUGGCCAGAGAAUGGUGCAUUUGGAGUCCCAAGCGCAUUUCUGGAGGCAGUGGACCUGAAUGACCAGACAAUCCGCUAUGUUCCCGUACCUCUGUCUCAGGCUGUGGCAUACCGUUUCCAAGACAAUAAUACUUCGGACAUUGUCAUGGAUGUCGGGAGCAACGACACCCUGGUGACGGCAGACCGCUCUGGGUGCGUUCAGGUCUGGGAACUAUCGGCGGCAAAGCUCAAGAGCUCCCUUGCAGAAUGGCAUCAGAUGAUUGGGGCUAACCAAACACCCCUCGAGCUGAAAAUCGAGAAAAGAGGCAAGCAAGCAACGGGCCCUAAACACGGCAAGGAGGACCCUGAAAACAUGCCCCACGUGGGGGGAAAUACGUGGGCAGGAGGCACAGGUGGAACGGAUACGGCCGGUUUAGGAGGUGCGGGAGGACCCUAUCGCCUGGACAAGGGACACCGGGUGCAUCAGCUGUCGGACAUGGAGAAGCAGUCGGUUCCUCCCGAGGUGCUCCAAGCGGCUCGGGAAAUGGCUCAGAAGGCUCUGAAGAGCAGGCUGAAAGAAAUUGACAUGAGUGAGCAUGAUGCUGCACUGUACGAACAGUUUUCUGGCUCUGUGCAACGGCAAGUUCAGCUUCUUCGCGUCAUCUUGGACGGUCUGCAGGCUACUAGUAAAGAGAGACAGUGGCUUAAGCACCAGUCCUCCGGGGACCUCGAUGACUCCAAGCUGAUUGAAAGCAUCACGGGAGAGAAGACCAUCUACCGUAAACGAGGGGAGCAAGAGCCGGAGAUUGGAAGUCCCCAGGUGAAGCCUAAGCGCCUUCGCCUGGUCGUGGAUGUCAGUGGUAGCAUGUACCGCUUCAACGGCUACGACUCUCGCCUCGAGCGGGAAAUGGAAGCUGUCCUUAUGGUGAUGGAGGCGCUCCAGGGCUUUCAAAAUAAGUUUGUUUAUGACAUCCUUGGACACUCGGGUGAAGAAAGCCGUUUAGACCUUGUCAAGGCAGACAAACCACCUACAAAUGACAAGGAAAGAUUCAAGGUUCUUCAGGAGAUGCAUGCACAUUCCCAGUUCUGUAUGAGUGGAGACAAUACCCUCUCGGGUACAAAAGAGGCCAUCGAGAGUGUGGUGGGAGACGAAUGCGAGCAGCACUUUGUGAUUGUGCUGAGUGAUGCAAACCUCGAACGCUACGCCAUACCAGCUAAAAGCUUUGCACAAGUCCUGACUUCAAACCCAGAGGUGGAUGCUUUUGCUGUGUUCAUCGGCUCGCUGGGGGACCAGGCUGCCAGGCUGCAGAAGCGACUGCCUGCUGGUCGUGCCUUCGUGUGCUUGGACACUUCUGAAUUGCCGCAGAUACUGCAGCAGAUCUUCACCUCUAGCCUUCUUCGUUCUUCGAGUUGAAAAUUUUAAAAUAUCUUUUGUUCCACUGGGGGUGACCAUCAAAAAACUAUAGACGUGUGGCAGAACAAGUCGCAUUGUAUCAAACCAUUAUAAUUAUUGUGAUACAUAUAUGAUUCCAUCGUUACAGGACUGUGAGGUCCACUGAAUAGUUUAUAUAUUAAGAAAUAAAGCAAAUGUUUUUUUUUGUUGGUGAACAAA